UCAUUGUUCUGAGUAAUAUCCUACCGCAGUUGAGGUGAGGCAUAGAGGACAAAGUAUAUCGUUGGAAAAGUCUGUUUGUGGACCUGCGUAGACUUGGAAUAUUCGAAACAACUUCUUGUAUUUUGACAGGACUUCUCCAUUGUUGUUGGUUUGAGCCCAGGAGGCCACCAUGGAAAUGCAGAUGGGCAAUGAGGGGAGGGUGAAGGUGAAAGAGUGGCAGCAGACAUACUAUGCCGGGGACUCUGGGAUCCAGUCAGGAGCCACCACAGUGAGGACCGAUGACGAUGGGACCGAGUACAGCACCAAGCAGUACAGCACCGUCACCACCACCGUCGUCUCAGAGAACCCUGCUGAAGUGGAGUCUCAGUACGCCCUGACCCGGGCCCAGCGUGUCCGAGCGGCCAUGUUCCCAGAGACGGUGAUGGAGGGCACGACCAUCCUGUCCACCCAGACUGACCCGUCUCAGAUGACCAACGUCCAGCGGCUGGCCGAGCCCUCGCAGCUCCUCAAGACGGCCAUCGUCCACCUCAUCAACUACCAGGACGACGCCGAGCUGGCCACGCGCGCCAUCCCCGAGCUCACCAAGCUGCUCAACGAUGAGGACCAGGUGGUGGUCAACAAAGCCUCCCUGAUCGUCAACCAGCUGACCCGUAAGGAGGCGUCUCGCCGGGCGCUGAUGGCGUCCCCCCAGAUGGUGGCGGCGGUGGUGCGGGCCAUGCAGAACACCGGGGACAUGGAGACAGCCCGGGCUACAGCCAGCAUCCUCCACAACCUGUCCCACCAGAGAGAGGGCCUGCUCUCCAUCUUCAAGUGUGGGGGCAUCCCUGCCCUGGUCCGCAUGCUCAGUUCUCCCAUGGAGUCUGUGCUGUUCUAUGCCAUCACCACCCUCCACAACCUGCUACUGCACCAGGAGGGAGCCAAGAUGGCGGUGCGCCUGGCCGACGGCCUGCAGCGAAUGGUGCCUCUGCUGAAGAAGAGCAACCCAAAGUUCCUGGCCAUCACCACCGACUGCCUGCAGCUGCUGUCCUACGGCAACCAGGAGAGCAAGCUGAUCAUCCUGGCUAACAGUGGUCCGGAGGGCCUGGUCCACAUCAUGAGGAACUACAGCUAUGAGAAGCUCCUGUGGACCACCAGCCGCGUGCUCAAAGUGCUCUCUGUCUGCCCCAGCAACAAACCUGCCAUCGUGGAUGCUGGUGGGAUGCAGGCUCUGGGGAUGCACCUGACAGGCUCCAGUCAGCGUCUGAUGCAGAACUGUCUGUGGACCCUGAGGAACCUGUCGGACGCUGCCACUAAACAGGAGGGCCUGGACAGUCUUCUUCAGACUCUCGUUGGUCUCCUGAGCUCUGACGACGUCAACAUGCUCACCUGCUCCACUGGCAUCCUCUCCAACCUCACCUGCAACAACGCUCGCAACAAGGCCAUGGUCACCCAGAGCAACGGCAUCGAGGCGCUCAUCCACGCCGUCCUGAGGGCGGGAGAGAAGGAGGAUGUGGCGGAGCCGGCCGUGUGCGCCCUGCGUCACCUGACGUCGCGCCACUCCGACGCCGAGGUGGCCCAGAAUGCCGUGCGCAUGCAUUAUGGCAUUCCCGCGAUCGUCAAGCUGCUCAACCAGCCCUACUACUGGCCUGUCAUCAAGGCUGUGGUUGGUCUGAUCCGUAACCUGGCACUGUGCCCAGACAACCAGACCCCUCUGAGGGACGCGGGGGCCAUCCCCCGCCUGGUCAAUCUGCUGCUCAAAGCCCACCAGGACGCCCAGAAACACGGCUCCGCCGCACAGCAGACAUACCAGGAUGGCGUGAGGAUGGAGGAGAUCGUGGAGGGGUGCACAGGGGCCCUGCACAUCAUGGCCAGAGACCCCAUCAACAGGGGAGAGAUCGCCAGCAUGCAGACCAUCCCACUCUUUGUACAGCUGCUGUACUCUCCAGUGGAGAACGUGAAGCGCGUGUCAGCGGGGGCUCUGUGUGAGCUGGCCCUGGACAAGCAGUCUGCUGAGAUGAUCGACGCAGAGGGAGCCUCCGCGCCGCUCAUGGAGCUGCUGCACUCCAACAACGAGGGCAUCGCCACCUACGCUGCCGCCGUUCUCUUCCGCAUCUCCGAGGACAAGAACUCCGACUACAAGAAGCGUGUGUCCGUGGAGCUCACGCACUCCCUGUUCAAGCACGACCCCGCCGCCUGGGAAAUGGCCCACAACACUGUCCCCAUGGAGGCAGGCUACGCAGCAGACGAGCUGGACGCAGGCUACCACCACUAUGGAGACUACCCUGCUGACAUGCCCAUGGAUGGAGAGAUGGGAAUGUCCGAUGUUGAAUACCAGGUCGGUGGUGGUGGCAUGACCUAUGACAUGAGGCAACCGGGAUAUGCUGAGCGCUAUUAGGACAACGGCACUGAAGGGAUGAGAGGAGAGAUGGGGGGGGGCAGCAGGAGAAGAGAUGGGAGAAGAAGAGGAGAGAUGGGGGAAGCAGAAGAGGAGAAAUCACAAAAUCUUCAAAUGGAGUGAUGUCAAUCUGUCUCUGCUCACCUCGAUGUAGUAUAUGCAAUUAUCACUGACUGUGGGGCUCAGAAUCUAACAGGGCUUACCUUCUGUUUUCUAAUAAUAAUAUUGAUGAUGAUGCACAGGUUUUUAGUCAAGUACAUUUUAAGGUUGUGUGCGCUUUUCGGGUGGGUAAUCUAUGCCAAAGAGAUUUUAUUUUUUGACGAUAAUCAUGUAGCUUCCUUUUUUCCCCUUCGAUUUCAAUACUGGUUAAAAACACUGCCAGAGGUGACUGGACAACGAUGUGUACUGUACAGCUCACGUUUGCUUUCUUUCUUCAGCCUUUGUAAUGGACACUGCUGUUUUUAACUUUCUUUUAACACUAUUUGCUGUUAACAUUCUUCCCACUGUGUUUCUCAAAAGUCUGCAUGAGUUAAUUCACAAGUUAGUGAGUUAAUUCAUGAGCUAGUAGGGAGUUAGAGUUGGUACUGACUCCGUGGUGUAAUAUUCUUACGUUGACUCACACAGUAGAAGAGAACAACCCAAUAGACGGGAGUCUACUGGAGGCCCUAAAUCAAGAACCUUAGGUGGAACGCUACUGACAGGGAAUUUGUCUUUCUACAUAAAGGUUUUUACUUCAAUUUUGUUUAAGAAAAUAAAGAAUAUAUUAAAGUACAGGCA